AUGCAAACAAAACCUUCUGUGACCUUUUUCCUUAUCUUUACGAUUUUUCUUCUGGCUUCAACGCAAGCAGAUGAAUUCAAACCACCCACCUAUAAUGGUAAAUUCAAAUACACGAUAAACGAACCGACGUCGGGUCAAGAGUAUAAUAGCCCACAAAAGAGCAUUACACUCGACUAUACUUUUGAAACAAAAUUACCAAAUGAAAUCACCUUAUUGGAUAUUUAUAUGCUAACUAGUAGGAAUGAAACGAUUAAGACUCUUAUAAAGAAUGCUAAUACAACUGAAGGCAAUCAUCGUUUUGCAGAAGAUUUCCCGGAUCAAUUGCCGUGCGAUACUUAUAUUAUUAGAUUCAAUGAGACUAAAAAUACCGGUAUUUAUUGGAGUACUGCAUAUUUGUUAACCGAUAUUCCAAUAAAAUAUACAUGUAAUCAAUAA